AAAUCCCGGGUGCAUCUGGAAUUUCGCAGGUGGUGAGGACCAUGGCCACCUCUUCGGUGUCCAAGAUUAGGUCCCAAAGAGCAAAAUCAAAGAUGAGCUUCCCAUGGGAAGGAGGAGAAAGAAGUGGGUUGCUUUGUGUUUAAGCCAAACUUCAAGAAGAGAAAGAUCUCUGUGCCAAUAGAGGACUAUUUUAAUAAAGGGAAAAAUGAGUCUGAGGACAGUACGCUUCGCUUUGAAACUUACCAGUUGAUAUGGCAGCAGAUGAAAUCUGAAACUGAGCGACUACAAGAGGAAUUAAAUAAAAACCUGUUUGACAGUCUAAUUGAAUUUCUGCAGAAGUCUCAUUCUGGGUUCCAGAAAAAUUCAAGAGACUGGGGCUGUCAGAUAAAACUCAGAGAAAUUCCAACUGCUGCUCUUGUUCUAGGUGUGAACGUAACAGAUCAUGAUUUAACAUUCAGAAGUCUAACAGAAGUCCUUCAGAAUAAUGUUACUCCAUAUGUAGUUUCAUUGCAAGCUAAAGAUUGUCCAGAUAUGAAACAUUUUUUGCAAAAGCUGGCCUCACAGUUGAUGGACUGCAAUGUAGACGUCCAAUCCAAAGAGAAAGAAGGUGUUCAGGUCACCCAGAAAAAGAUACAUUAUUCAAUGGAUUCUCUUUCCACUUGGUAUAUGAAUGUCACACAGUUCUGGAGGCUGGGAAGUCCAAGAUCAAGCUGCCAGGAGAUUCAGUGCCUGAAGACCGACCCAAAAAUACCAAGAAAAAAGAGGACUCCUUCUAGCCAAUGGCAGUCUCCUCCUGUUGUGCUUAUCUUAAAGGAUAUGGAAAGCUUCACCACAAAAGUACUCCAAGACUUUAUAAUUAUCAGCAGUCAGCAUCUACAUGAAUUUCCACUAAUACUCAUUUUUGGAAUCGCCACGUCUCCUAUUGUCGUCCAUCGGUUGCUUCCUCAUGCAGUAUCAUCUCUAUUGUGUAUAGAACUAUUCCAGUCUUUGUCUUGCAAGGAGCACCUGACUACAGUACUUGAUAAGCUACUUCUUACAACUCAAUUUCCGUUUAAACUAAGUGAAAAAGUGUUGCAGGUUCUGACCAACAUCUUUUUGUAUCAUGAUUUCUCAAUCCAAAACUUUAUAAAAGGACUUAAGCUUUCUCUAUUAGAACAUUUCUAUUCCCAGCCCCUCAGUGUUCUGUGCUGUAAUCUCCCAGAAGCCAAGAGAAGAAUAAAUUUUUUAUCAGAUAAUCAAUGUGAAAACAUCCGACGUCUUCCAUCGUUUAGGAGGUACGUGGAAAAGCAAGCUUCAGAAAAGCAAGUUGCACUGUUGACCAAUGAGAGAUUUUUGAAGGAGGAAACACAGUCAUUACUAGAAAACCUGCAUGUUUACCAUACAAAUUACUUCCUGGUUUUGAGAUGUCUUCAUCAGUUCACCUCUUCUCUUCCCAAGUACCCACUGGGUCGACAGAUCAGAGAGCUGUACUGCACGUGUUUAGAAAAGAACAUACUGGAUUCAGAGGAGUAUGCAUCGGCUUUGCAGCUGCUGAGGAUGUUGGCAAAGGAUGAACUGAUGGCCAUGCUUCAGAAAUGUUUCAAGGUUUUUAAGUCCUCUUCUGAAAAGCAACUUGGCAACACAGCAAAGAGAAUAGAGGAGUUCCUGGCCCAGUUUCAGAGCCUCGAUGCAGAAGCCAAAGAAGAAGAAGAAGAUACUUCUGAGUCACAGUCAAAGGGACUUCAGAAGACAGACCUCUAUCAUCUUCAGAAGUCAUUACUGGAAAUGAAGGAGUUAAGAAGAACAAGUAAGAGGCAGACCAAGUUUGAAGUCCUCAGAGAACAACUUGUGAGCUUCAUCGACAGUCUGGUGAGAGAAUACCUCCUGCUUCCAGAGACACAGCCUCUGCAUGAGGUGCUGUACUUCAGUGCUGCCCACACCCUUCGCCAGCACCUGAACGCUGCCCCGCGGAUCGCCCUCCAUACCGCACUCAACAACCCAUAUUAUUACCUCAAGAAUGAAGCACUGAGAAGUGAAGAAGGUUGUAUUCCAAAUGUCGCCCCAGACAUCUGCAUAGCAUAUAAACUGCACCUGGAGUGCAGCAGGCUAAUCAACCUUGUGGACUGGUCGGAGGCCUUUGCAACAGUUGUGACAGCUGCUGAAAAAAUGGAUGCAAAUUCUGUAACCUCAGAAGAAAGGAAUGAAAUUAUCCAUGCUCGGUUUAUUAGAGCUGUUUCUGAACUAGAACUUUUAGGAUUUAUAAAGCCUACCAAACAGAAGACUGACCAUGUGGCAAGGCUAACAUGGGGAGGCUGCUAGAAAGCAAAUGAGUGAAGCCAGAAAGAUAGCAUUUAGCUUAAGAGAAAAAGGAGACCAAUCAUAUUUACACACUGGUAGAGGAAGAUUGCUUGGGAAGAAGAAUAAUGUGUAAUCCCUGUGUGAUGUUUAAACAGAAAAGUAGACUGUUAAUCCCUAUCAGGAAUGUAUCAAAGCACCUUUGGAGUACUUUAGAAUCCAACAAGUAACAUGCUAACAUUGCAAGUAGAACCUCUCUCAGAGUAUCACUGCAAUUUUCAGUCAUUAAGAAAUUAUGA